AUGUCUAACGGAUUAAGGCUUGAGGAUAAUUAUGUGCCAACCUCCGACACAUCAGUAGUUUACAAACAAUUGAUGAGGUUGCCGAUAACGGUAUUAUAUGAUCUCACGCUGUCAUGGUUCGCGAAAUUCGGUGGGUCCUUUGAUGGUGACAUAGACCUAUUGACAGAAACAUUAGAUUUGCUCAUUGAGAAAGGCGUGAGGCGCAAAGUUAUAGUAAAUAGGAUAUUAUACGUGUAUUGGCCAGAUGGCCUGAAUAUUUUCCAAUUAGCUGAAAUAGAUUGCCAUUUAAUGAUAAGUAAACCAGAGAAGUAUAAAUGGCUUCCAUCAAAAGCUUUCCAAGGUGAUGGGAAACCUUACAUAGUAAAGCUUCAACCGGCCAAAUUCAUAGAAAAUUUACAAACAGAUCUGGCGAAAAUCUAUCACUGCCAUGUUUACAUGUUUAAACAUCCCUCAUUACCAGUGUUGAUCACCAGAAUCCAGCUAUUUGACAGCAAUAAUCUCCUUUUGAAUACCUCCAAUAUAGGAAGUAUAAAUAAAGAAUCUCUUUACAACAAGUUGGACAAAUUUCAAGGUAAAACACUAAUCUCAAGGAGACCAUACUACGUUGCAUUCCCACUAAACUCUCCAACAAUUUUCCAUUCAGUCGAUAAGGAUAUUUAUGCCAGGCUAGUUUUGCAAAGUAUUAGCCGAACCGUAUCAGAAAGACAAACGAUCAUCUUUAAACCAAUACAGAAAAUACCUAUGAAAUCCAUACAUAAUAUGAUUACUUUAGUAGGGCCUUCGAGAUUCGCGGAGUCCAUGGGGCCAUGGGAAUGCUACGCUAAUGCUAACUUUGAACGGUCACCACUGCACGACUUUAAAAGGCACCAAGGGCUCACUGGUAAAAGGGUACUAGUAAGAGAAUUCGAUGAUUCCUUCUUAAAUGAUGAUGAGAAUUUUUACGGAAAAGAAGAACCUGAAAUAAGACGACUCAGAUUGGAGAAAAACAUGAUCAAAUUCAAAGGUUCAGUGAAGGGUGUAAUGGAUGAGAAAUAUAAUACUUUGAAGGAAUUUAACGAACAUGUCCACAAUAUUAGGAAUGGAGAGAAAAAAGCAAAUUCUGGUGAGGCAGUAUACAUUUCUAGAUACACUUCCUUAGUUCCUGUUGAAAAAGUUAGUUUUACUUUAAAGAAUGAGAUAAACAAUAGAAUAAUUACCAUAAAAUUAAAAUUUAGUGGGAAUGAUAUUUUUGGGGGAAUACACGAACUAUGCGAUAAAAAUUUGAUAAAUGUUGAUAAAGUUCCUGGAUGGCUGGCUGGAGAAAACGGAUCCUUCUCAGGAACAAUAGUAAAUGGAGAUUUUCACCGCGAGCAAGUUUCUAGAGGUGGGUUAUUGUAA